UACUACAGUUCCGAUGUAUAAGAUUUUUAGGGCUUAGAACUUCAUGCACUUCCUGGAAUCCUACUGAAUAAGAUUUUGAAGAUUCGAAACUUGCUAGCAAGAAGAACAUUUUUAUUGUGCUGAGAAAAUGGACAUGGCUUUUCCGGUUGAUGUAGUUCUAGGAUCCAUUGCUUUUGCAGUCUUUUGGGUAUUGGCUGUUUUCCCUACAGUACCUUUUAUGCCAAUACGGAGAACUGCGGGCUCCCUACUUGGGGGCUUGCUCAUGGUUUUAUUCGGAGUCAUGACUCCAGAUCAAGCUUAUUCCACAAUUGAUCUCCCGAUCCUUGGCCUUUUAUUUGGUACUAUGGUUGUCAGUGUCUAUCUUGAAAGAGCAGAUAUGUGUAAAUAUCUAGCUAAGUUGCUUGCAUGGACAAGUAAAGGUGCUAAGGACUUAAUUUUCAGAAUCUGCCUGAUUUCUGCCAUUUCAAGUGCUCUUUUCACCAAUGAUACCUCAUGUGUAAUUUUGACUGAAUUUGUGUUAACAAUUGCAAGACAACAUAAUCUACCCCCUCAUCCCUUCCUGCUCGCUCUUGCGACAAGUGCAAAUAUUGGCUCUGCGGCAACUCCAAUUGGAAGCCCCCAAAACCUGGUCAUAGCAUUUAACAGUAAAAUUUCGUUUGGGGAUUUUCUUAUUGGAAUUCGGCCGGCAAUGCUUGUGGGUUUAAUUGUGAACUUUUUGCUGCUUCUGUGCAUGUAUUGGAGCUUGUUAUCUAUUCCGAUAGAUGAAGAAGAUGCCAUUGGAAAAGUAGUAGCAGAUGAAAAUAGAAUUUUUCCUUGUGAUUCACCAGCCACGAUGUUACAUUCUUCAUCAUUAAACUCUCAAGAAUGGAACUCCAUAUUGGAAACAAUGAACCCACAAAUAUCUCCCAAAACUAAUACAAACACAGCUUAUGUUGACACUCUUAAAAACCGAGAGAGUUUUGUUGAGAGUGAAAUGAUCCAAAUGGUAUCCAAGAGCGCAGUUGAGUCUAAUGCAGUAAUGAUAACCGUGACAAGUGUUGGUUCUUCCGAGAGAAGUGAGGCAAUUCCACUUCUAUCAAAGCAACAUAGAGUGAGGGCACCAGUCUUCGUAGAAUCUUCGAAACCAGCAGGGAAGGAAAACUUGGCCACAAGGUGGAAAAGGACAAUGUGGAAACCAUGCGUGUACCUUGUUACCUUAGGAAUGCUGAUUUCGUUUCUUAUGGAUUUUAACAUGUCCUGGACUGCAAUCACCGCUGCAAUUGCUCUUAUCGUUCUUGAUUUUAAUGAUGCACACCCUUGCCUAGAAAAGGUGUCGUAUCCGCUUCUAGUUUUCUUCUGCGGAAUGUUUGCUACAGUGGCUGGCUUUAACAAGACUGGGAUCCCAAGCACUCUUUGGGACUUGGUGGAGCCCUAUGCAAAGAUCAAUGAUAUUUUCGGGAUAGCGGUUCUUGCCAUUGUCAUACUCGUCCUUUCAAAUUUGGCUUCGAAUGUACCAACUGUUCUUUUGCUUAGAAAGCCGGUGGCAUUAUCAGCAUCAGCUAUUUCUGCAACCCAUGAGAAGAAGGCAUGGCUGAUUUUAGCUUGGGUCAGCACUGUAGCUGGUAACCUGUCACUUCUCGGAUCGGCUGCUAACUUGAUGGUGUGUGAGCAAGCUCGCCACGCUCUAGUUGGCUACAAUUUAUCUUUCUGGAAACACCUUAAAUUUGGAGUCCCUUCCACUCUUAUAGUUACAGCCAUUGGUUUGGCAUUGUUGAAGAAUAAGAUUUGAC